AUGGCCGCCCUUCCAGAUCUCGAAGAGUGGAUCGCCGACUCGAACGAGGCUCUCAACAUCAGUCUAGUUGCGCCAACAUCUUCUGGCCUCCAACUUAUUUCCACUUUUAACCCGACGUUUACCUACCCUUUCUUCGGCGAAGAUGAAAAAAUCUUUGGUUAUAAGGACCUCAAGAUUAGCCUUCGGUACCGCGCAAACGACAUGCGCCCUCACCUUCGAACGUCGUAUAGCAGCAAGUUCACUCCUAUUGGCGAGACCGAACCCAUGGAUGUAAAACAAAUAUUGAAAGAAGAUGCACUGCUUCCUGAUAUCGCAUUUGGCAAAGCCGCCGAUUUUGAAAGCAAUUCACAGAAGCUCGGUGACGACUGGACGCCUCCCGGAGAUCUGCACGCGAGCUUCGAAGGCACGGAUGGCCGCUACGAGAUAUGGAAGGGUACCUUGGCGGACCCCGCCAUCAAGCAGCUAAAUAAUCGCAUCCAGUUGUUAAUCCCUCUUUUCAUCGAGGGCGGAUCCUUUAUCAACUCAACACCGGGCUCCGACUCAUCAGAAACUGGGCUCCCAGAUGCAGAUCGUUGGACUCUAUUCCUGCUCUACCGCAAGCAGUCAUCGUAUGCGGGUUCAGAAAAGAACUCAUAUGUCUUCGUCGGCUACUCUACUGUCUACCGGUUCUUCUACUUUCAACCUCCGCCUACGCCACCCGCCACCCCAAACCACGAUUGGGAGCUGCCCAAAGGGAAUCUGGACCUGGCACAGCUGCCCUGCCGCACACGGCUCUCCCAAUUUCUGAUUCUUCCUCCUUUCCAAGGCCACGGACACGGUGCGCGACUAUAUAAGUCGAUUUUUGAACACUAUCACAAGCAUCCCCAAACACGCGAGUUCACUGUCGAGAACCCGAAUGAGGCUUUUGACGAGCUCCGGGACGCAUGCGAUUUAAAAUAUCUACGCACUGUCCCAGAGUUUGCUGCUUUAAAACUGAACCCCAGUGUAACAGUCGGUGAGAAGGGACUGAUCCCGCAGCUGAUCAAGGGUGGCGAGAAUCUUGAAGCAAUUCGAACCAAGACCAAGAUCGCGCCGCGUCAGUUUGCUCGCGUGCUGGAAAUGCAUGUUAUGUCUCAGCUGCCAGACUCUGUUCGCCCGCGCAUCGACCCCGAUGAGACGGCCCCCGCAAAAACGGCUGCCGACCGCCAUCUGGAGCGACUGUGGCAACUUCUCGUCAAACAGAGAUUGUAUAGGCACAACCGUGACGUCUUGGCGCAGUUUGACCUCCCCGAGCGCAUAGAGAAGCUAGGGGAGACACUUCUAGGCGUCGAACUUGAAUACGCCAGGCUGUUAGCAGCUCAUGGCUCUAACUUUGCCAAUGCGAAAAACGUAAAGCGCAGGCUGGACGACGAUGCAAAAUCCACUUCUAGUAAACGAACGAGGAUAGAUGAGGAGUAG